AUGGCUGAAAAGGAGUUGGACUUGAUCAACAAAGUUGAUCUUCGCAUCGCUCUUGCCAGUACCGACGAACAAUUGGAAAGCUCGUUAAAGCUUUACCUCGCCCCGCUACUUUUGAAGCUCAGCAGUCCCCAUGCCCAAGUCCGCCAGGCCAUCUUCAAAAUCAUUCAAAACACAAUGACACGUCUCACGGCGGCUCGUACCAUCAGGCUCCCGGCAGUGGCUUUGUUAGCGCAGGUCAAAAAUCCCAAAGUCGCUGAUGGUUUAGAUGCUUCGACCGUCAGAUUAUAUUCAUUGUUAUUCAUAUCCAAAGCGAUAGAUCGUAUGUCACCAGAUGAAAAGCGUGAAUUGGUGCCCGACGUGCUCCACGACAUCAGCGCUUUUGCGCCGGGUAUCGGGGCUCGUCUCUUUAGCAUCUUCUGUAAGUUGAUAAGUGGAUGGAAGGCUCCAGAGCACGAUUCGAUGGAGUAUCAAGGGUUGCUCAAGGACUUGGACUUUGGAGCCCACACGGCCGACGAAGCGUUUGUGUGUGCGAAGGUGGCCCGGUUCUUGAUGUUGCAGCCCAACAGCACGCCCAAUCCAAUUCCAUCACCUGGCUUGAACAUCGCCGACGUGAGCUUUUUCUCAAAAGAUGCUGGGAUAACCUACAAAACCCCGCAGGAAAUCUUCUUGGUGAAGCGAGACUUGAUGGAAUUCUUGAAGGUGGGAUUCCUGUCGCUGAACUUGCGUCUCCCGUUGUUGGUAGCGUCUAGCGACCUGUCUUCUGCCAUCAACGACUCGGCAGAGAUCUUGUAUCGAAAGUUGAACGUGGACUUGGAAGAUGAAGUGUUUGUGGGGCAACUCAUUGACUUGUUCACUGGCAACGAGCAGAGUGGUACGCCUCCAGUCAAUCCUGUACUCCAAGAGAAGAUUCUCUCACAACUCACCAGAAGUGUGACAGCCACUAAGAACGGUAAUAUCGCCAAGGUCACAAACUUGGGACUUUCAACCAGCUACUCAAAGCUCAAGCAAGUGACUAUUCAGUUUAUUAAAUGGAUCAGUGUUCACAGUGAGGACUCUGAGAGUGAUGCGAGUCAGUCAAUGCUUUUAUUCAAUAAGAACAUGGCUCAGAGAUUAAAGGAAAGCAUUCUCAACGAUGGGUGGCCACAAGCAUUAAGUGUGCCCGGUAAGUCAUACACGGCUACUAUGAACCAAAGACUGUCACAAUACGAAGCCUUGUGCAAUAUUUUGAAAGUCUCUCCUGGCUUGUUCCUCGACGAGUUCACGUAUCUCGAGUUUCUCUUUGACUCCCUCGAAGGUGAAUCUGUUGAUUUGAGAUCAACAAUUCAGGAAGGGUUAUCUAGUUUAAAGGUGUUCCUUCCAAAAUUGUCUGCGGAGGGUAAGAACCAACUUAAGGAGUUGGGUACCAAAUACUUGAGCUCAGACUCGCCCAAGAACGAUAAUAUUCAUUCAUGUCGAUUUAUGAUCCUCAAGUUCAUCAACUGUUGUUUCCCGUUCAAUGACUGUGAAGCCCGUUACUUGAAUGUGCUUGGGACCGCAAAGACCAACAGGCCAGAGACCAUUGAGGAAGCUACCAGAGGUUUGCAUCCCCACUGGUUCAAUAUCACCCAGUCUUCCAAUACUAACGAAUUUAAAUCUACUUUGGAACUCUUGGGACAAGGUAACGUGGUUGUAUUCCCAAACUUCGAGGUAUUAGUGCAAUUGAUAGACGAAAGAAUCAAGGAUGCCAGCUCCAGUCUGAUUAUAUUCAAGGCCAUGGGCCAAGCUAUAGAGUUUGUGAUCCAAACUUUGGUGAUGGAGUCGAUCAAAGGCAAGUCUACUGUCAUUGUUGCAGAUGAGGAUUGGUCCGUUCGGUUGGAUAAAGCCAUCGAGGUCGAUACCAAGGUUCGACAAUGCCUCAAGCACGAAAUAGAGAGAUUGUCAGCCUCCGGGGGAAACAGCUUCACUACCUUGCUCAACAUUAUAUUCAGUGCUUUCGAAGGGCAGUACAGUGACUUUUCGUAUGUUGAUAAGCAAAUCACAUUUGAAUCCACCUUUUGGAAGUUGCUUUCGUUAUCAUCUUCAACUAUCGUGGCUGGGUUGUCUCAUUUGGUCGAGCCAUUUUUGAAAGUCCUAGCUGAUAGAACUUUAGCAGACCUUAGUUUAUCUCAGGUCGCAAGGAGCGCUUCUAUUAUUGCCAGUCAUCCCGUUCACCUGUCCGACACUGUAAGAGCUCUUUUGAUGAGACUCAUCACAGCAGAUUUGCCCCCUCACAAGUCCAGAGCUAACAUUCUAGUGACUGGACACUUGUUUUCUAGACUAGCAUUCAGGCAACGGCUUGAUGCUAUUGACGAAGAGUUGUUCAAGGUAUUUGGUGCUAAGUUGUUAGUAUGUCUUGAAGAUUUUAGCAGCUACUAUCAGUCAUUAGAAUGCAUUGGUGAGAUGGCCAAGUACGGUUUGUUAGGACCUGAGUUGUCAUAUCUUGAUUCUGAUUUCUUAACCAAGGUCGUCGAUAUCAUCACACCAAAGGUGAAGAAGAGUGACGAGAGAACGGUUUUGGCCUUAUCGUAUAUCUCCUUGGCGUUCAAAAAAAAUGGUGCAUCUGAUCUGUUGACAGACUUUGAGCAGCUUAUUUACGAUACUCACAUCUCCAAGCAAACUGAGUAUUUAUUCACCAGUGGUGAAGCACUUCUGAUUUUGGCAGCAGGCUGGGAUUCGAGCGUUUUAGAACGAUCUAUUGAUAUUCAAGGUGAAUCGGUGACUUACAUUCCCCGGUCCACUGAAAGAUUACCAGUUCUCUUAAACACGAUUCUCAAAUCUUGUGCCAACACUAAACCUUCUUUGAGAAAAGCAGGGUGCAUUUGGUUGUUAUCUGUGGUUGACUUCUGCAGCUCUUCUCCAGUAAUCAAGGAACAUGCCGCAAAGAUCCACCUUGCCUUCAUGAAAUUCUUAGCUGAUAGAGACGAAUUGGUGCAAGAAUCUGCAUCAAGAGGGUUGAGUAUUGUGUAUGAUUUGGGUGACGUGGAGUUGAAAGAUAGUCUCGUGAAAGGAUUGCUCAAAUCCUUUACCGAUAAAAACUCCACCAGUAAAUUGGUGAGUGGAACUGUUGAUGAGGAUACUGAGUUGUUCGACAAGGACUUGUUAAAGACCAACGAUGGAUCUGUAUCUACGUAUAGAGAUGUGUUAAAUUUAGCCCUGGACGUUGGGGAUCCAAGUUUGGUGUAUAAAUUCAUGUCGUUGGCUAAGUCGUCUACGCUUUGGACGUCAAGGAAAGGAAUGGCUUUUGGAUUAGGGUCUAUUAUGUCAAAGACUAGUUUAGAUGAUAUGAUGGCCAAGAACAAAUCUUUGGCAACCAGAUUGAUUCCUAAGCUAUACAGAUACAAAUAUGAUCCCAGUACGUCGGUUUCUACUUCCAUGAAUCAAAUAUGGAAUGUAUUGGUGACAGACAGCUCAAAGACCAUUAAGGCCCAUUUCAGUGAUAUUUUAGACGAAUUGUUAAAAGGAAUGGGUAACAAGGAGUGGAGAGUCCGGCAAGCUAGUACAACUGCCAUGAACGAUUUGUUGAAUGUGGUUGAGUUUCUGGUGUACGAACCGAGACUUGAAGACAUUUGGAAUAUGAGUUUUAGAGUGUUGGAUGAUAUCAAGGAGAGUGUUAGAAAAGAGGCCAGCAAAGUAACCAGACUAUUGGCUAACAUCUUGACCAAUAGCAGACAGCAAGGUGGAGGCUUGGAUAAGUUGAUUCCAUUUUUGUUGGGAAAUAAGGGUUUACUAAGUGAAGCUGAAGAUAUUAGAAGCUUUGCUCUAGAUACUAUCUUCAAGUUGAUCAAGAGCAACAAUAAAAAUAUUAAACAAUAUAUUCCUAUAUUGUUGGAGAACUUUAUCGGCUUAAUGUCGACUUUGGAACCUGAAAUCAUUAACUAUUUGGUGUUGAAUGCCGACAAGUAUAACCUUAAAAAUAAUGACAUUGAUGCAAGAAGAUUGCAAAGUUUGGGCCAGUCGCCAAUGAUGGAUGCUAUAGAAAAGCUCAUUGAUCAAUUGGAUUAUGAAAUUAUGGAAGAAAGUGUCAAAGUCAUAAUCAAUUCAGUCAAGAGAUCGGUAGGACUUCCCUCCAAGGUGUGUGGAAGUAAAGUUUUGGUAAGUCUAGUCAACAAGAAGUACGAAUUCACUAAACCCUAUGGAAAUAGACUCAUUAAGGCUGCCAUGGGGCAAAUCACAAAUAAGAACGACACCAUUUCUUCAUCCUAUGCUAUCUCUGUUGGAUACUUGAGCAGACUUUCGUCUGUAGAUGUGUUGGUCCAAUAUGGUCAAAAGUUGAAGGGUUUGUACUUCGAGUCCGGUGAUGAACGUAACAGACUAGUGGCUGCAAUUGCUAGCGAGAGCUUUUCUAAGUAUUCCAACGAAAAGUUUGAGCUGGUAGCUGCUGAAUUUCUUCCGUUGACCUUCAUUGGCAUGAAUGAUAUUGACAAGGAGGUUGCCAAGGUGUUUGAAAAGCAGUGGAUAGAGAAUACCUCUGGUUCAAACGUCUUGAAGUUAUAUUUGGCUGAAGUCAUUGACCUCAUGUCGAGCUAUAUCAAAUCGCAAAACUACCAAAUCAGGCAAAAUUUGGCCAAAUCUGUGGUGAAGUUGACUAACGAUAUCAACGAUUUUAAUGGGUUAUCGAAUAAUUUGAUCAUGAAGAUCUUUGACAGUUUGAUUGAAAGUUGUAAAGGAAAGUCAUGGCAAGGAAAAGAGCAAAUACUCGAAGCAUUGGUGAACUAUUCAAUCAAAUUAGACUCGGUUUUGCAGCAGAAUGAUGAUUUGUUGCAAACCAUCAGCAAUGUUGUGUUGACUGAAGGGAAGAGAAAGAACAAGGAUUAUCAACGACAUGCUCUUAAGACCAUGGGGGUUUUCUUACACAAGUUUCCCAACGAGGAAUUGACCGAAGUGUACUUAGAGUUCAUGGAGCAGAUCAUCAACGACGAGUAUGAGGAGGAUGACAGUGAUGAGGAAGACAACAUGGAUGUUGACAACCGGUCCAAGAAGCGGAUUAAUAAUAGCAUGAACAAUAAGCUUGAAGAAGAGAAAAUCGUUUAUAUCAGCAAUUUGUUUGAAGCAUUUUCGAGGGCUUCCCCCAGCAAGGAGAUGUUCUCCUUGAUGUCUAAGUCUAUUCUCAAGUUAUUGAAUGACGAUAAUAAAUUCGAAAUCACUUGGAGGUCAAAGGUGUGUGGUAAUGAAUGCUUCAGUCGAGUAAUAACUGAAUUGGGAGAGACUGAGUUUGAAGUUGAAAGCUUGUUCCAAAUAUGGAAGAAAUUAAGCGAAGUUUGCAGCAACUUCAACAACAUAGAGAAUGUCAAGGUCAAGUUCAUCAGAAACUCCAAGCAGUUCAUCAAGUACCUUAAGAACUUGCAUUACUUAGAUAAAGUCCGAGCAAUAACCAGUGCAUUGGAAACGUUCAAUUCUGAUUCUACAAUCAUUAAAGCAGAGUUAAGUAAAAGUUAGAUAAGUUGUAUACAUUUGUUUCAAUAGCCUAUAUAACAAAUUACCAUCUGGUUUAGUUACCACCUCUCAAUCUCAAAACCAAGUGAAGAGUGGAUUCCUUUUGGAUGUUGUAGUCAGCCAAGGUUCUUCCGUCCUCCAAUUGCUUACCGGCAAAGAUUAAUCUUUGCUGGUCUGGUGGAAUACCUUCCUUGUCUUGGAUUUUAGACUUGACGUUGUCAAUGGUGUCGGAAGAUUCGACUUCCAAAGUGAUGGUCUUACCAGUUAAAGUUUUGACGAAGAUUUGCAUACCACCUCUUAAUCUCAAAACCAAGUGAAGAGUGGAUUCCUUUUGGAUGUUGUAGUCAGCCAAGGUUCUUCCGUCCUCCAAUUGCUUACCGGCAAAGAUUAAUCUUUGCUGGUCUGGUGGAAUACCUUCCUUGUCUUGGAUUUUAGACUUGACGUUGUCAAUGGUGUCGGAAGAUUCGACUUCCAAAGUGAUGGUCUUACCAGUUAAAGUUUUGACGAAGAUUUGCAUACCACCUCUUAAUCUCAAAACCAAGUGAAGAGUGGAUUCCUUUUGGAUGUUGUAGUCAGCCAAGGUUCUUCCGUCC